CCAGCCACAAGCCUUGGGGGAGCUGAAGGGAAUGAAACUGCUGGCUGCCUGCUUCAUGGACCUGCUGCUCAUCUGUCUGGCCCUGCCCAAAGCUGAAUGCCGCCUCCACGAGCGAUCCAUGGAAAUCAGGAACCCUGAUAUCAACCCUUCCUGGUACACGGGGUGUGGGAUCAGACCCGUGGGAUGGUUUGGCUGGAGGAGAGCUGUCGUGGAGAGCUCCCGGAACUCAGGCUAUGGACACAGGCAAGCUUGCUCCCCUCUAGAAGAAAGCAGUGAAUCCCUUCAAGAUGAAUGAAAUGGCCAAGACAAAGAAUGAAUUUGAAUGAUGAUAAGAAAAGACCCUUCUCCUCUCUCCCUUCCACAUCCCAGCCUCUCUUCUAGGCACAUGAAAAUGUUUGGUCUCAUUUCAAUGUACAGUAUCUUUGUGGCUAUAAAUGAUAGAAACCAAAGAGCAGUUGAUAACUCCAGUAUUUUUGCAGACAAUUUCCCUCUUGUCUGUUUUUUCUUUUU